ACUCCGGAGCGGCGCUCCUAGUGCUGGGGUGCCGCCUGCUGGAGGCCCUGGUGCUGCUGGAGGUGCUGGAGCCUCUGGUCCUGGAGGUGCUCGUACAGGCGGUGCUAGAGCUGCUGGACUGGGGGUUCUGCUGGAGCUGGUGCUGGAGCUACUGGAGCUGGUACUGCUAGAGGUGCUGCUGGUGCUGGUGCUGCUGGAGGUGCUGCUCGUGCUGGAGCUGCUGGAGGUGGUGCUGGGACUGGAGCUGCUGCGGGAGUUGGAGCUGGAGGUGCUGGAGGUGCUGGAGCUGCUGGUGGUGCUGCGGGAAGGUCUUACGGAGCGUCGUGAGAAUGAGUCUCGUCCUACGUCGCCUGAGUCUUGUCCUGCGUCGCCUGAUUCUCGUCCAGAGUCGCCUGUCCGUGCUGUCCGUGCUGGUCGUCGUGUUCCGCGUGAGCGUCCUCCUCCUGUCCCUGGCACUCACUAUAUGACUCUUCGUCCUUCCACCGCUCCACAGCGUGUUCCUCUUCCGUCUCCUCCUGCGUCCUCUCUUCCUGACGGUCCGGACCCGGAGUCUGACUCCCUUCGUGCUGCUAGUCCUACUGUCACGCGUUUCCUCGCCACUGUUGUCACUGACCCUUCCUUUGAGUCCACUGCUGCGUCUGCUCUACUUGCUGAGCUUGUUGACUUUGCUGCCGCCUGUCGUCUAUACUACGCCGCUAGCCUUGUUGCUGAGACUGAGUCUGUCUGUCCUCCGUCCGUCGGGGGUGAGUGUGCUCUUGGCACGGACGUUCUUGAGGAUAGACAUGAGGAGUUUGAGUGCUUUGCCACUGCUUUACCUCAUCUCGUGUCUAUGCUGAUUGCCCCUGAGGGAGACCCAGAUGCACCAGACAUCCCGACCCCGCGCUCUUACGCAGAGGCGAUAGAGGGUCCCUACUCCUCUCAGUGGCAGUCAGCCAUGGACGCAGAGAUGGCUUCCUGGAAGUCCACAGGCACCUACGUCGUCGAGGUUCCCCCAACUGGGGCGAACAUUGUCAGUGGCAUGUGGAUUUUUAGGGUGAAGCGGCUGCCGGGCUCUCCGCCUGUCUUCAAGGCGCGUUACAUUGCACGAGGCUUCAGUCAGCGUGAGGGAGUUGACUUCUUACAGACCUUCUCCCCCACCCCGAAGAUGACCACUCUUCGGGGCAGCCUGCACGAGGAGAUCUGGCUGCGCCGCCCACCUGGCUUCACUGGGUCGUUUCCUGCAGGUACCGAGUGGAGCCUCCGGCGGCCGGUCUACGGUCUCCGCCAGGCACCCCGUAAGUGGCACGACACACUGAGGACUACUCUUGUUGCUCUUGUGUUUGCUCCUACUCCUGACCCGUCGCUGUUUCUACGCACCGGCACCACUCUGCCGCAGUUCUAUGUUCUCGUGUACGUAGACGACUUGGUCUUUGCGACUGCUGACACUGAGGCACUCGCCCACGUGAAGUCGGAGCUGCAGAAGAGAUACACGUGCAUAGACCUGCCUCCACCUUCGGACGAGUCCGUGGAGCUGAGUGGCCCGUAUCGAGAGCUUGUGGGCUGCCUCAUGUACCUGAUGACCUGCACUCGACCUGACCUAACCUACCCUCUUAGCAUCCUAGCACGCUAUUUCGCUCCUGGCCGACACAGGAAGGAGCGCAUGGAUGGUGCUAAGAGGGUGUUGCGCUACUUGUGCAGUACGUCGGGCAUGGGGCUCGUGCUUGGAGGACGGGCUCAAGUUAUCCUCACUGGUCACGCAGACGCUUCUUGGGCUGACGACUUGGCUACGCAGCGGUCGUCACAGGGUUACACCUUCAGCCUUGGCUCCGGCUCUAUUUCUUGGCGGUCUACCCGCUCGUCUUUUGUUCUUAGCUCUUAUUGUGAGGUUGAGAUCUACGCAGGGGCCAUGGUUGCACAGGAGUUACGCUGGCUUACCUACCUGCCGACUGACCUGGGAGAGCCGCCUCAUUCUCCUCCAGUGCUGUACGUCGACAACAAGGCCACGAUUGGCUUGUGUUAG